AACAAGUUUUCUCAUCGAUUUCAAUUCCCCUUUUUGAGCAAUGACUAUUAUAGGUGGACUUAUUGCAACUACCAUAAAAAAUGUACUUCAUAGGAGGAGUAGUUUCAUGAAUCACAAGACACUUAUUGGACGACGUUGCAUAAGCAGCAAGGUGGCUAGAUGGGAUGAUGAUGAUGAUAGUAAUAAGCAUGAAGCGGUAGUGAUGCAAUCAUUUAGGAAUAAUAUUAAGGUACAAUUAAUGCAACAAGAAGAUAGACAACGUAUUGAAGGAAGCUGUUGGAUUCCGGAUCCUCGUACAGGAAUAUAUUAUCCGAAAGGUCACGAAUGGGUUAUGAAAGAUGUUCCUGAUGGUGCUGCAACCUUCACUUACAACUAUUGGUUUAGGAACACCGAACUAUAGUUUGAAUCUCGCUAAUCAUUAAAAAUACAUAUAAUAACAUGUAUUAUUGGUACUAUUAUAGUAUUAUUAUCUUUACAAC